CCCUUUCUGUUUCUGACUUGCUGUCUUUGUUGUUGGUAUUCUCCGAGGUAUUCUCUUCAACCCUCGCUUCAAUCUCUUGUUAAAAAUGGGCCAAACCCUGUCUAAGGUAUUAACAUCCAAUCGAGGGUCUAAUCAUGCGCCAGAUGUGGACAGUAUGUCUAGGCCUAGUGUCGCUGAUACAGUUAGAUCGAGCUCUUGUACGAUCUUUGCUAGAAAUUUCAUGUUCGGUGACUCCAGAACUUUUGUAAUAGAAGCUAAACCAACUGAUACUAUUGACAGUUUAAAAGAAAAGGUCUUGGAUAAAGUAGGAACACAGCAAAUCAGUUUGAUGAAACAAGAAAUUGUGCUGUUUUAUGGUUUACACCCGUUGGUUUGCUACAAUGAUGUUUUUUUAAACAAGAGUUACAAGACACUCUUAGAUUAUAAUAUUCAAAAUGAAGAUACAAUUCGUGUAGUGAAAUGUGACAAAUGUCUCUUGAUUCAUAUAAAAACUCUGACCGGUAAAGCGAUUACUCUUGGAGUUGAACCUUCUGAUACUAUUGAGAAUGUUAAAGCGAAGAUACAGGAUAAAGAAGGAAUCCCACCUGAUCAACAGAGGCUUUUAUUUGCUGGUAAAGUAUUGGAAGAUAGUCGUACACUCUCAGAUUAUAAAAUUUCAAUGGAAAAUAUAAUGCAUUUAGUACUCCGUCUUCGAGGUGGUGGCAUGGCAAUAUUUGUAAAAACUCUGACUGGUGCAAAAAAUAUUAUUCAAUUUCAAGUUGAACCUUCUGAUACUAUUGAGAAUAUCAAAGCCAAGAUACAGGAUAAAGUAGGAAUCCCACCUGAUCAACAGAGGCUUUUAUUUGCUGGUAAAGUAUUGGAAGAUGGUCGUACACUCUUACAUUAUAAUCUUAAAAACAAAAGUAUUUUACACUUGGUUUCUGCUAAGCAAGUAAAGUUUGAUGUCAUAAUGUCAAAUGGUAAAACAAUUACUCUUAAAGUUCUACCUUUGGAUACUAUUGGGGAUAUUAAGGCAAUGAUCCAGGAUAAAGAAAGAAUCCCACCUCAUCUUCAGGUACUUAAAUAUAAUUUUAAUGAGUUGGAUGAUAACCAGACACUUUCUGAUUAUUGCAUUCGAGAUCAUGCAAUAUACUUAUGUACUCUUUCAAUUAGGAUUUACUUAAAUUUUUUAAAGGAAUCAUUUGAUAUAUCUAGGAUUGGAGAAGAUGCUACUUUACUGAGCAUUAAGAAAAAAGCUAGCAUUCACACUAGAAUAGGAAUACCAAUUGAACAGCAACUACUUCUUUUAGACAAUGAAGUUGUAUCUGAUGAUUCUAAGCAAAUCAAAAAUUUUCGUAGAUCGAUACUUAAGUUUAAAGUACAAGUUAAUCCACACUGUAGUCUUGGCCUUACUGUUGUGCUGCCUGGAGGUGUAAGAAAGACCUUUCAUGUAGUCUUGAAAGGUCUCGUAGGAGAACUAAAGGAACAAAUAAAAGCAACCACAGGAAUACCAGUUUCUAAUCAAAUGCUUUACAGCCAAUCAAAUGAAAAUAUUUUAAAGAGUAAAGUACCUUUAUGCCGGUACUAUAUUCAUGGCGUUCCACCAACUGAAGUCAUUGAUCUUCUCGUUCUAUUGACUAUUCGUAUAUUGAUGCCUUCAGGAGAGAUUAUUACUGAAUCAAUAGACUUAGAUGAAAGUGUCCGUAUUUUAAAGAAGAGGCUCUCAAGUAAACUAAACUUAUCAAAUUUUGACUUAAUUUACAACCAGUAUAAAAUGGAUGAUGAAAAGUCUCUUAGUAACUACCAAAUAUAUGAUGAUACUAACAUUCUGGAGCUAAUUUUAGGUACAGCUCCUGCUCCUGCUAUGCCUGAGACUAUUCCUCCUACCAGUCCUAUUCUUUCUCCUCUUCCUACUGCUGCUGCUCCUCUUCCUCCUCCUCCUCCUCUUGCUGUUCCUAAAGAAAGGGAUCUUAUGAAUGAUGUUGCUGCUAAAGCUCUUGAUAAAUGGCUGAUUGUUGGCACAAUGCUCGGUAUUCAUUCAUCAGUUUUGUAUUCUUUUAGAGAUCAACACAAUGCUGACCCCAUAGCCUGUUAUCUUGCUGUAUUUCAUCACUGGCAAACAAGUAUUGACUGUCCUCCCUACACUUGGGAUACCAUUGCAGAAGUGCUAGAAAUGGAAGCUGUUCACAGAUGUGACCUUGCUGCAGCAAUUAGAAAAAAAUACUUGUGAUUACAUUUAUACAUAUAUGUAUUUAAUAGUACAUGCAAGCAUGUUUUUGUAAUUUUUGAUCUCAAUAAUUGUAUAUGUUAGAUAUAGUGAUGUGUGCGUGUGUUUUUUGUUUUGUAAUUAUUCUUGCAUGUGUCAUUAAUUAUUAUUUGAUUUAUUAUUCGUUAUUAUUUGAUCCAUUAUUCAUACUCUGAAUUAGUAUUUUUAAUAGUGACAAUUUUUGUGUAGAGCAAGAGAGAUAUUUUUUUGAAAAUAAAGACUUUUAGAUUGCCAGUUGGCAAAUUA